UUGAACGUGUUCUUAUGAAUUAUCAUAAUAAUUAUAAUUAUUGUAAAGUUAAUUUACUGUUGUGUUUGCCUGGUAAAAUAUAACUCAACUUAUGAAAUCAUCGUUUCAAAAUCUAUAAAUUUUGGACUGUGUAGAUAUUUGUAACUAGGAAUGGCCCAGUUCAACUACUUGAACGAAAUAAAUAGUUUGGCCACCAUGGACGGGCCUAUAACGAGAGGUCCAUUGCAACGAUGGAUCAAGAAAUCAAAUAACGAAAACAUAAAUCCCUCAUUGAGCUCAUCGUUGAAAAACAUUUCUAAUGCAAACAUAAGUUCUUGCAAUCAAUCGCUGCAAAAACUGUCGAUUACUGCAAAUCAAAGCUGCAAUAACAGUGCUUUAUCUAAUAGCAAGACACCCACAAGAAAUGAAAAUAAGAAAGGCAAAAAAACUCCGUGUAAAACUAAGUCUCCAGGUCGUUCAACUACACCAACUCCCAAUAAAGCCUCCAAGACACCCAACAAAGCUGACAGAUUUAUACCUUCGAGAAGUAAUUCUAACUAUGACCUGUGCCAUUAUAUGAUGAGUCGUGAUGAAGAGAAAAGCGAAGAGGCAGUGUCACAAAUAGCAGCGAGUGAGGCCAUUGGGCGAGUACUUACUGACACAGAGCCCGGCCGCUUACUGCAGUACACAUGUAAAGCCCCUGCCGCACCUGAAGGAUACCAGAAUAGAUUACGAGUUGUAUACUCACAGGCCAAAGUACCUUCAACAGUGAAAAACAACACAAGAUACAUUCCACAAGCUCCUGAAAGAAUACUUGACGCUCCUGAUAUUUUGGAUGACUAUUAUCUUAAUUUAGUUGACUGGAGUCCAUCUAAUGUGGUAGCAGUGGCUCUUGGUAAUGCUGUAUACUUGUGGAACGCUGGCACUGGGCAGAUUGACCAGCUUCUGACCCUGGAGGGCUCAGAGACUGUCAGCUCCGUCUCCUGGGUGCAAGGAGGCUCACCACACUUAGCCGUCGGCACUUCAUCCUCGACUGUUGAACUGUGGGACUGUUCUAAAAUUAAAAGACUAAGGCUAAUGGAUGGUCACUCUGGCCGAGUGGGUGCGUUGGCAUGGAACAUGUACAUAUUGUCCAGCGGCGGUCGUGACGGCAACAUAGUGCACCAUGACGUGCGCCAGCGCGACCACGCACUAGCCACUGUGUAUGCACAUACAAGAGAGGUGUGUGCUUUGAAAUGGUCGCUGGAUGGUAAAUACCUGGCAUCGGGCGGUAACGACAACCUUCUCAAUAUCUGGCCGCUGGCUGAAGGACAGCAUUACUCUCAGCCACAGUAUUUAUACUCAUUCAACCAACACCUGGCGGCGGUGAAGGGCCUGGCGUGGUGUCCGUGGAGCGCUGGCGUGCUGGCGUCAGGCGGCGGCACCGCCGACAGGACCAUUCGCAUCUGGAACGUCAGCACCGGCACCAACCUCAACACCGUCGACACCAAGUCACAAGUGUGUUCUAUCGUAUGGAGCACUCACUACAAGGAGCUGAUAUCCGGACACGGGUACGCCAACAACCAGCUGAUCAUCUGGAAGUAUCCGACGAUGACGCGUGUGGCCGAGCUGAGCGGACACGUGGCGCGUGUACUGCAUCUCGCACUAUCGCCCGACGGCACCUCCGUGCUCUCCGCCGGUGCCGAUGAGACCCUCAGACUAUGGAAAUGUUUCAUGUUGGACCCGUCUAAGAAGAAAGGCCCCACCGACUCAAAGGCUGCUAAAUCUCUACUCAAUAUGAACUCAUUAAUUAGAUAAAAUGAAUUGACUUAUA